AUGGAGAAGAUGAUCAAGACUGCGUACAAUCUGGGUGGGCAAGUGCACUAUCUGAUAAACAUGGGGAGAUGGAAAAAGGUUGAGAUAGCUUAUCCCUCUGAGUUUCUUACUGGUAUUACUGGUUACAAAGAUUGUGACACAGGUGAAUAUAUGGUGAAGUCUUUGACAUUUCAAACCAACAGGAGAAAGUUUGGGCCCUUUGGGACAGAGAAAGGCACUCAGUUCAGCAUUCAGAUGGGGACUAAGCAGCAAUUAUUUGGAGGAUUUCAUGAAACUUCGAGCUCAAAGUAUCUCUACUCAAUUGGAGUUUAUGUGAAGCCUGUCAUUCCAGUGGAGGAUACUACUUCUGAAUCAACUGAAUCACAUACUUCAACCAAUCCCACCUACCUUUGUUGGUGA